CCCGGCCUGCUGUUGACAAACACGGCGUUCGAGGCGGGCGUCCCGUUGGGGGAGCGCCUCUUCUUGUCCCCGGAGCAGAUCCCCGGGCGGGCCGGCAGCCAGGGAGGGAAGGGCUCGCGGGGAGACGACGGGAAACGGGAUGUGGCAGACGCUGGCUCUCGGAGCUCUCUUCUUCCCGGGACUUUUCGCAGUCUCCGUCCGCACCCUGCGCUGGCUGGCGCCGGCAUGGAGCCUCAAGGACCGGAUCGUCCUCAGCGGCAGGCUGGUGUCGUCUGUCCAGGCCACGAUGGCCACUCUUUCGGGGAUCAUUGUCAUCUUCAGCUGCAAGGAUGUCGUGCACGACAGGCACUGGAUUGCGCGUGAGUACAUGUGGGUCGUGGUCUCCUACAUGGCCUAUGACAUCUAUGUCAUGUACCUCUGCCACUGGCACAAAGGCGAGGAGAAAGGGGAGGCCCACCCAAAGUAUUCUCUGGCCAGCGUCCACAGCUUCCUGCAGAGGGAGAGGCUGAUGGUCACACACCACCUUUUCAUUCUCAUCGUCCUCACGCCGGUGGCUACGCACUUUAGAGGUGAGCUGGGAGACUUCUUCGUCGGCUGUAUCUACACGGCUGAGCUGAGCACCCCCUUUGUAUCGUUGGGCAAGAUCCUGUUGCAGCUGAAAAUGCAGGAUUCGACCUUGCACAAGGUGAACGGCGUCCUCGUCCUGGUGACCUUCUUCCUGUGCCGCAUUGUCCUCUUCCCCUUCAUGUACUGGGCCUACGGCCGCCAGGCGGGUCUCCCCAUCUACAAAGUGCCUUUCCACAUCCCCUUCCACUGCAACGUGGCCAACGCCCUACUCAUCGCCCCUCAGCUCUACUGGUUCGCCCUCAUUUGCCGCAAGGCCCUGAGGCUGUACAGCGCCCCGCCUGCCCCGGACCGAGCCAGAUAAUGGCGGCCUGAGACCUGCUCCCUGUCGGCUGGGUCCUGCCUGCCCCCCGACUUUCUGCACCAGCCUCUCGGGGAGAGACCUCUCAUGCCCAGGAGUGACAGGCAACGACUUCUGCCGGUGGCCCCUGGGCGAAAUCCGGUUGCGAGCAAGGCGGGGUUGUUGCUUUUUGUUUUGUCCUGUUCUGAGGAGUCUACCGCCAGAAGAGUGCUGCUGGAUCCGGCCACCCAAGGUGCUCAAAACGGGCUGGGACUCCUGGAAGCUGCUUCCAGUUUGCAGCGUGGGGGGGCAGAGUGCCAGGAUCCGGCCCCCUGCCAGCGCUGGCCUCUCUUGGGACAAAAGGGUGGGCAGAAAGGGGCACUGGAUAUGCCGACUGUCGGUUUCUUGGUGGCUUCUGUGAAAUCAAGGGUUCAUUUCUUCCCAAGUCAUGCUCUGAAUAGGAGCAAGAAAAUGAUUCCAACCCCCCCCUCCAAAUUAUACUGCUGAAGUGAAGAAGGCUGGGUGGGGCAGAUAACCCAGAGUACAUUUUCCGCAUGGGAGGACUGUGAACUGUUUCGCCCCAGGACUCGAAUCGUGGGCUUGGGACCCAAGUGCUGGUUUGGCAAAAUCAAGCUGUCUUUCCACCCACUCCCUGAGCUGUAAAAAUGGGGUGGAGGGUAUGGAUUCUAUGCUGGGAAAGAAAGCGGGGCAUUGGGCAGUCUGGUCAUCAUAUUUGGUGUGUGUGGGGUGUGUGUGACCAGGCAGCUGGAGGUUGGUGCGGGGAUUGCCCCCUCUUGUGACCCGGUCUCGGGGCCAAAUCAAAUGUGUUGCUGUUUCUUUAGGGCAAGCUUGUCCUGUCUGUAAAACGAGUAUUUUUGUCGAGACCCUGCAGGGGUCGGCCUAAAAUCCCCGUGCCAGCAUCACACAGGGGUGAAGCUUCCGCACGCAAUUCGCACCUGGCUCCACAUCGACGGCGGCUCUCUGUUUGGAAUACAAGAAGUCUGCCACAGGUGGGGCUUGGUUCUAACCCAGGGGUAGUUCGGGUGGUAGAGCAUGAGACUCUUAAUCUCAGAGUCGGGGGUUCAAGCAAAAAAAAAACACCCUGCAUUGCAGGGGGUUCGACUAGAUGACCCGUCGUCCCUUCCAGCUCUACAAUUCUAUGAAAAGU